UCACAGGGGGGCACCCUCAGAGAAUGAGAGGCUCCCGAGGCACGAACUUCCCGGCCUCAUCCCCCCAACGCCCCCUCUGAUACAGCCAAUGCCACCGGCCCUUCCUCCUGGGCCGCCGCAGACACGCAGAACCGAGCGAGCUAGGCACACUGACAGCCGCGCACGAAUCCAUUGCUCCACUCGGCCAGUGCCGUGCUUGUCCCACCCGCCCCUCUGGUUGAUGAGCUCGGCCAAGCGACGGAUGAAGCCGUCAGCCUCCCUCCCGUAGACGCCGUCACACGUCACGAUGAAUGCCGUGAAGUCCAUGCGGUUGAGCCGACACACGUCAAGGUGGUGGUCUUUCUUGAGCUUCUCCCUCUCGCGGGUGAUCGCGCCGGUGGUCUUGCCCUGGUUGCAGCGAGCGUGUGCGCACACCUUUGUGAGCAU